GUCGAGAAACUAAAGCAGAAGCACGAACACGGUGAGGAGCUGGACACCUUGCAGAUGGAGAAACUGCAGAAAGGUCCAGAAAUUGCGCGGAAACUUGCAGAGCUGCAACUCAAGAAGGCGCUCCAGAGCGCGACCACCUUCAGCGAGCGCCAGGACGCUGGAAGCCCUGAGCCCUGGGACAAUCUUCAGGAGAUGCAGAAGCCGCCCACGGAGGCGCCCUCUCUGGGAACUUCUGUCACGAUGGGAAGGACUCCACUCAGAGCUCCGCGAGAGACGCCGCUCUGGAGGCCGAGCCCCAGCGAAGGUCUCAGCACGGAGCCAGCCGAGUCAAUGAUGAUGAUGAGUGGCGGCUGCGCGCCGAACGGCUUUGACCCUGGACCAGCCGGUGAUGCCAUGACCUUCCAGCCGAUGUCCUCCAUGCAGCCGAUGCAUCAGAUGGAGAUGGCGGUUUCCGAUAUGCCCGCGGCAGAGGAAACGUGGGACGUUUGCUGGGAGUGGGUCCAAAACGGCUACUGCCCGAGAGGGGAGACGUGCAGGUGGCAGCACCCUCCGCUGCAGCUGCCGAACGGAAGCAUCCUCUUCUGGCAGGGCAGCGAGGCUGCGCAAAGCGGCGAAAUGGUCGUCAUGGCGGUUCCUGCCGGAGAUUUCGGCGGCAUGCCCUGCAACGGAGGUCCGGUCAACUUCAGUGGCCCCUACAGCGGCGACGGCGUUAGCUUCGUCGGUCAGGGCGGAUGCUGCGGCUGUGGAGGGUGCUGUGGAGGCUGCCCCGGCUGUGGUGGUUGCGUGCCAUGUGGCGGCUGCUGUGGAUGCGGACCGGGUUGUGGAGACGUGUGCAUGGGUGGGCCCUGCACGCCUUGUGGGCCCUGCACGCCAUGCGGCUGCGAAGGCAGCUGUGGCUGUGGAUGCCCCGUCGGCGGCUGCGUGACCGGCGGCUGCAUGCCUUGCUCAGGUCCUUGUGGGCCAAGUUGCCCAGGUUGCGGGCCUUGCGGGCCUUGUGGCGCCUGUGGCAAUGGCUGCAGCCUUCCAUGUGGUGCUCUAGUUCCAGACAGCCCCACGUUCGAAGGCGCCCGCAAGGAAGAUGGCAGCCCGGCGGCGCGAUGA